UUCCCCGCCCCGGAGCCCGCUCGCUCAACAACAAAGAACCAGAACCAGGAGGGAGAAAUCCCAAAUCCCGAGCCCCCAUGGAAAGCAACGGCGAGCCCCCCAACAAGGCCGCCGCGCUCGCCCCCGCGGCCGUCCCCGGCGCCGCCGCCGCGGUCCCUGGAGGCGGCGUGGAUUUCUUGAGCCGCCUCCCCGACCACCUCCUCGUCGACAUCCUCCUCCGCCUCCGCACCAAGGAAGCCGUCGCGACGAGCGUCCUCUCCCGGAGAUGGCGCGGCGUAUGGCCCCAGCUUCCCCACCUCUUCUUCGACGGCGUACACCCCUCCGUGCCCGCCCGUGCCCUCGCGGCCUACGAGGCCCUCGCCGCCCCGGAGGCGCACGACAUCCAGAGCCUCGCCGUCUCGCCCUACCAGGUGGACGCGCGGGAGACCUUCGCCUGGCUUUCCCUCGCCGCGCCCCUCCUCUGCGGUCGGCUCCACCUCGACGACAGCCGCGCCGUGUCGGACGAAAUGGAAGAGCUCUUUCGGGGACGACGACCACGGCACGACGGCGAGGCGUCCGAGAUGCCCUGCUUCAGGAGAGCCACAGAGAUUCGACUUCGCCUCGGGUUUCUUACCGUGGAGCUGCCACGGGUCGGCGUCUUCGACGCGCUUAGGCUGAUGCGGUUGCAGAACUUCCAGUCCCGGGGCCAGUUUCUCAUCAGCGACACCAUGCUCCCGUCCUUGCAAGAACUAACCAUGAGCAGCGUCCGUGACAUGAACGUGCUGACGCUCAACUCCAAGUCUCUGGUAUCUAUUGAUCUGUCCUAUCUCAUGGGGCUUGAGCGUCUCCACAUCACGGCUCCAGGGCUCCAUCAGCUAGAUGUGCUACGCUGCUUCUAUGAUUCUCUCAAACCAGUUGCCAGCAUUACUGCAGAGAGAUUAGAGGUGUUCAGGUGGAAUGGGCCUUAUGAUCUAGAGUCUGUCCACCUCGGAGAGAUGCCAUGCCUCCAGACGCUCGGAGCACCUCCUAUCGACACACAUCGUUGGCGAGGUUUUCAGAUGGCUCAGAUAUGUGCAGGGUUUCUUGGUCGCUUUGCAGCAGUUCACCACCUUGAGCUUGAGAUGACUCUUGGUGUGAGUGCCUUUUCUUCCUCUUGGAUACAAUUAUUUUUACGGUCUCCUCUUGGACUUAAACUGUGCAAUGUUAUUCAUGAGCAUAAAUUAUUCUCUCCUUGAAUAAUAUCGAUCAGUGUGCCAUUGAGAUAAAAUUGUAUUGUAACGAGGCAAGAUCAUACGUAUCUUUUCAUUGAUAGAAGGAGUGUGAGAAAUUACAAUCGGGUGGGGAAGUACAUCAAACGACACGUGCACAAGAUGGUUAAGUAACUGUUGACUAGUAUGGAAGUGCACAAGCAUAAUUAGAGCAGGAAAGCAGAAAAUAGGAGUUCCGAAAUAGCAUUGUUGGUAUUGUAGAAUAUGCUUCUAGUGGUUUGAGUUUGCAAGUAUCCUUCAGGAAAUCAGGAAAUAGGUGGUCAGAAACAGCAUUGUCAGUAUUGUAGGAUAUACUUCAAGUGGUUUGAGUUUUUGUUUGUACAUGUGCAAGUAUCAUUCAAUAAAGCACAAAAUGGGAGUUCAGAAACAGCACCGUUGGUAUUGUAGAAUAUGCUUCUAGUGGUUUGAGUUUGCAAGUUUGUACAUAUGCAAGUAUCCUUCAGGAAAUCAGGAAAUAGGUGGUCAGAAACAGCAUUGUCGGUAUUGUAGGAUAUGCUUCAAGUGGUUUGAGUUUGUGUUUGUACAUGUGCAAGUAUCGUUCAAUAAACCAGAAAAUAAGAGUUCAGAAACAGCACCGUUGGUGUCGUAGAAUGUACAUUCAGUGGUUUGAGUCUGCAAGUUUGUACAUAUGCAAGUAUCCUUCAGGAAAUCAGGAAAUAGGUGGUCAGAAACAGCAUUGUCAGUAUUGUAGGAUAUACUUCAAGUGGUUUGAGUUUUUGUUUGUACAUGUGCAAGUAUCGUUCAAUAAAGCAGAAAAUGGGAGUUCAGAAACAGCACCGUUGGUAUUGUAGAAUAUUCAUUCAGUGGUUUGAGUUUGCGAGUGUCGUUCAGGAAAGCAGAAAAUAGGAGCUCAGAAACAGCACUGUUGGUAUUGUAGGAUAUACUUCAAGUGGUUUGACUUUGCACGUCUGUACAUGUGCAAGUAUCCUUCAGGAGCAGCAUUGUUGGUUUUGUAGAAUAUGCUACUGUGCCUUUUGACUUAUGCGUAAGAUAUUCUACUGGUGGUUUUUAGAUAUGUAUAUAUUGCAAGGAUUCUCAGAGUAUACAAGGAAAAGAUCGAAAGUUAAGGCUGAUGUAGUUUCUCAAUCUGUUACUCAGAGUGUAAAUUCACUGAGGAUCAUUUUUAUGGGCUCACCUUUUUUGACUUCCAAUGAAUCAGCCGAGGAUGGAUAGCUCGUUGCUCCUGAUGGAAGACAUAGUCAUCCCUAAUGUGGAUAUCUUGGGGUUAUCCUUAGAAACAAAUGAACAUGCUUUUGAAAGAAGUGUACUGCGGUUUCUCACGAAGUGUCAUGGUACAAGAGAGCUGCGCCUAUCAUUCGAAAUCCGAGAUGAGGUAAUCAUACCCUCUGUAGUAUACCUGUAUUCAGCAUUUUCAGCACCCUAUGGUUACAAUCUGUUGAACGACUGAAGUUACACACCGGCUGUUAAAUUGAGCAAUGCAUUUAUAUUUCUUAUAUAAUUGGGAACCAGAGCACACUAAUGAUUUUUAAGUGACACAUAAAUUCCAGUAUAGCUGGUGUCCAAUGGUGUGCAUGAACAUGAAUGCCCAUUGUGUAUUGGACUAGAACUAAGUUCCCUUCUCUGUUUGGACUAGGAGAGCAUAGACAUGUUGAGGACAUACAGCGGAAAAAUAAGAGCAUUACUAGGAAGGUGCAUUAACAUCAUAAUAAGGAUAACCAAAAGCUCUUGAUACGAGUUAAUUAAUAGGAAUAGUUGCAGAGGCCAGGGGUGCUCCCUCAUUUUUUCGGACAAAAACUUGGUAGGUGUAGUUAGUAUAAAGUGUACAUAUAUUAUCAAGUACCAGUAUAUAUCUUUCUUUUAGAGUUUCUUACACUUUGUGUAUUGUGAUUGUAAACACCAAAUUAGUUACUAGCGUCUAUCGUUCCGGUUUAUACUCGCCAAUACCAUUUGCACUGCACAGUUAUUUUUGUUCCAUGCAUCUUCGGUUCAGUUAUGAGUUUAAAACGAGGUGGCUAAAAUCGUUGUCCAACGUGCAAAUGUUUUUCAUUGGGCAAUAGCCUCGGAGGCUGAGGAUCCUUCAUUGGGCAACAUCGAAAGCUCAUGCCCUGCAGAUUGUAGAUUUGAGCUUUUAUGGUAUUAGAAGCGAAGAGGAAUGCGUACAUCUGUUCGCUGUGCAUUGUCGGCACGUUGCAACAUGUAUGCGGUGGGCAUAUUUUGACAUGAUCUCUGACUUGCUAUUAGAGUCUGAACCAUACUUUUUUUUUGGAGGAAUGCAUACAAUCCUCAAAUGAGGAAUACAUACAUCUGUUCAUUGUAAAUUCUGGGCAGGUAGCAAAACAUGUAUACAGUGGGUACAUUUGGAUUCAUGAAUGAUGACCGCGAUUGAGC